AUGGACUGGAGGCAGCAAAACCGGGACUACGCCGCGGGAGGGAUAGAGACAGGACAGAUAGAAAGAGCGGCGGCAGAAUCGGUCUCAGCUGGGAAGCCGGGCAUCCCACGUCCCGUGGCCAACCAGGACCAGCUUACUGGCCGCGGUGUCCAAUGGGGGUCCUGGUCUCGCACCCCCCUACGUCUGGGGUUUGGCUGCUGGUUUUUUGCCUUUGGGUUCCUGGAGCCACCACAUCGACUACCCCUAGAAGCCGGGCGGAGUCUCCGCCUGCUGGGACUUCAGAGCGCAGUGUAUAACACAGGCCCAGAGAGAGACAACAUUUGCCGUACUUGGGGACAGCACCAUGUUGAAACGUUUGAUGGCCUCUAUUACUAUUUCUCUGGGAGAGCCAGCUACACUUUGGUGGGACAGUAUGAGCCUGGUGAACAGAGCUUCUCCAUCCAGGUUCACAACUACCCAGAAUGCAGCUCUUUCCCCUACAGCUGCCCACGGUCUGUCAGCCUCUUCUUUGCAGGAGAAGAUGAGAUUCGCCUGAGCAGGAAUGUCACCCAUGGGGGUUUGGGGGUCCAGCUGCCUCACAUUACAGGGAACCUGCGACUCCAGCAGAUGGCUGGCUAUAUCAUUGUGCGGCACCAGUCUGCUUUUACACUGGCUUGGGAUGGUGAGUCAGCUGUCUACAUCAAGAUGAGUCCCGAAUACCUAGGCAAGACUCAUGGAUUGUGUGGGAACAACAAUGCUGACCCCCAGGAUGACCUGAAGACCAGUUUUGGAAAACUGACAGAGGAUGUGGCCGAAUUUGUGAAUAGCUGGCAGGAAGAUCCCCCGGAUGAAACUCCUGGACCAAAUGUCUCAUUCCCAUCCCGUCCUCCAUGCUUUCAUCAGAGCCCAGCUGCCAUGCAGGGAGUGUAUGAGAUGUGUGAGGCAUUGACGAAGCACCCAUUUGACUCCUGCCAUGACUAUGUCAGCCCUUUGCCCUUCAUGGCCAGCUGCACUAGUGACCUUUGCCUGUCAACAUCUGAGGAUGCCACAUGGUGUCGGGCAUUGACAGAAUAUGCCCGGGCAUGUGCCCAUGCUGGGCGCCCCUUGCAGGACUGGAGAGUCAAGUUUCCACUGUGUGCUGUGACCUGCAAGGAGGAGGCCUUCACUUACAAUGAAUGUAUUAACUGCUGUCCUGUAUCUUGCCAGCCCAGAACCCCUUGCAUUGACAGUGAGAUUGCCUGUGUGGAUGGCUGCUACUGCCCGGAGGGUCUAAUCUUUGAAGAUGGAGGUUGCAUGGAACCUGCAGAGUGUCCCUGUGAAUUCCAUGGGAAUCUGUACCCAACAGGCUCUGUGGUGAAUGAUGAUUGCAACACAUGCACAUGCAGAGGGGGCAAAUGGAUGUGCAAUGCUUCAGCCUGCCCAGCGGAAUGCUCUGUGACCGGAGACAUCCAUUUCACAACUUUUGAUGGCCGCCGAUACACGUUUCCUGCCACAUGCCAGUACAUCUUAGCCAAGAGCCGCUCUUCAGGCACCUUUACAGUGACAAUACAGAAUGCCCCAUGUGGCCUGAACCAGGAUGGAGCCUGCAUCCAGUCAGUGACUGUAAUUCUGAACCAGACACCUCGGAGACAGGUGACCUUGACUCAGGCAGGAGAUGUCCUCAUGUCUGGUCAGUACAAGGUCACCCUGCCUUACACAGAUGAUGCCUUUGAGAUCCGGAAGCUGUCAUCUGUGUUUCUGCGUGUGCGGACUUCUGUUGGGGUGCGGGUGCUGUAUGACCGGGAGGGGCUACGUCUCUAUCUCCAGGUGGAUCAGCGAUGGAAGGAUGACACCGUGGGGCUCUGUGGGACCUUCAAUGGGAACAUGCAGGAUGACUUCUUGUCCCCUGUAGGUGUUCCAGAGAGCACUCCACAGCUCUUUGGCAAUUCCUGGAAAACACUAUCAACCUGUUCCCCAGGCAUCUUCAGUGCCCCUCUGGACCCCUGUGAUGUACACCUGCAGGCUGCAUCAUAUGCAGCAGAGGCAUGCAGUGUCCUCGCCAAGGAUCUUUUUGCCCCCUGUGCCCUUUAUCUGAGUCCGGUCCCCUACUAUGAGCAGUGUAGAAGGGAUGCCUGCAGGUGUGGACACAUGUGCAUGUGCUCCACGCUGGCCCAUUACACUCACCUGUGUCGACGCCAUGGAGUUACCAUUGACUUUCGUACCCAACUCCCAGACUGUGCUCUGUCCUGUGAGGCCACUAAGGAAUAUAGUCCCUGUGUGGCAACCUGUGGGCAGACCUGCCAAGCCUUGGCAAUGUCAGAAAGCUGUAGUGAUGAAGAGGACCACUGUGUAGAAGGCUGUGCCUGCCCCGUUGAUACCUACCUGGACAGCAAGGCAGAGAGAUGUGUCCCCAGGAGCAAGUGCCCCUGCUAUUUCCAAGGAGUUGAUUAUCCCCCUGGAGAAAACAACAUUCCAUCUCUGGGCCAUUGUCACUGCAUAGAUGGAGUCAUGAGCUGUGACAGCAGGGCACCAGUGUCUGCCUGCCCUCUGGGUCAGGUCUUUGUGAACUGUACUGAUCCCCAUGCUGACCUAGCACUGAACAGAGAGAGGACAUGUGAGCACCAGCUGUUGAACCUGACUGUGCCUGCCCAUGGACCAUGUGUCUCAGGCUGUACUUGCCCCCAAGGGCUGGUGAAACAUGGGGAUGAGUGCUUUGUGCCAGAUGAGUGCCCAUGCUCCUGGAAGGGGAAGGAAUAUUUCCCUGGAGACAUGGUCAAUUCUUCCUGCCAUACCUGUGUGUGUCAACAUGGCUCCUUUCAAUGUACUUUCCACCCCUGCCCUGCCACCUGUACCGCUUAUGGUGAUCGACACUAUCGGACAUUUGAUGGGCUCCCAUUUGACUUUGUGGGGACCUGUAAAGUACAUCUGGUGAAGAGUACAUCAAAUUUUAGUUUUUCUGUCAUUAUGGAAAACAUCAACUGCUAUAACAGUGGAAUCACCUGCAGGAAAUUUAUUUCCAUCAACGUUGGGAACUCUCUCCUCGUGUUUGAUGAUGACACAGGCUUUCCUAGUCCUGUGAGCUUCCUAGAUGAAAAUCAGGAGAUACACAUGUGGCAAGUGGGAUUUUUCACACUGGUGCAUUUUCCUCAUGAACACAUCACUCUCCUCUGGGAUCAACGGACCACGGUGCACGUGCAGAUGGGACCUCAGUGGCAGGGGAUGCUGACUGGACUCUGUGGGAACUUUGACUUGAAAACAGUCAAUGAGAUGAGGACGCCAGAGAACUUGGAGUUAACAAAUCCACAGGAGUUUGGCAGCAGUUGGGCUGCAAUGGAGUGCUCAGACAGCUCUGAUCCUCGCGACCCAUGUAGCUUGAACCCACUGAGGGAGCCAUUUGCUAAGAAGGAGUGUAGCAUUCUGCUGAGUGAAGUGUUUGAAAACUGCCACCCUGUGGUGGAUGUCACCUGGUUUUAUUCCAAUUGCUUGACAGACACAUGUGGCUGUAGUCGAGGGGGAGACUGCGAAUGCCUGUGUACAAGCUUAUCUGCCUAUGCCCACCAGUGCUGCCAGCAUGGAGUUGCCAUUGAUUGGCGCUCUCCCCGCCUUUGCCCUUACGACUGUGACUAUUUUAACAAAGCUUUAGGCAAGGGACCCUAUCAACUGGUCAGCUAUGUGGCUGGUGGCUCCAGAGUGACGGUGAGGCAGGCGAAUGGCGCUGUAGUCCUGGCACUCCAUGAGAACGUGGGCUCCGAAGACACCAUCAACUUCUUGCUCACCCCUUCAGUGUACAAGCCGAAGGCUCGGGACUCUGACUUGGUGUCUUUCGAGUCUGCCGACAGACCCAAUUACUUCCUCCAUGUGUCUGCCAAUGGGUCUCUGUCCCUGGCCAAGUGGGAGCAGAGUGAAGGGUUCCAGAAGCGAGCCACAUUCGUCAUCCAUCGCAGCACCUGGCUCCCUGGCUACGAUGCCCUGGAGUCCUUCGGAGAGCCUGGCUCCUUCGUCAGGCUCUCCGGCCCGGCGCCCCUCCUGCAGAGGUACCAGCACACAGAGGAGUUCCGGCUUGCCACUCUGCUGAAGCUCGUAGAUACCAGGUCACUAGGCACUGCCUACCCCACCUGUGAGUGGCGCUAUGAUGCCUGUGCCAGCCCAUGCUUCCGAACAUGCCGGGAUCCCCAAGGAGCCAAAUGCUGGGAGGUCCCCAGGGUUGAAGGCUGUGUCCCUGUUUGUCCCAUCCCCAUGGUCCUUGACGAAGUCACCCAGAAGUGUGUCUACUUGGAGGAUUGCACUGAGUCUGCAUCUGCUCUUCCCAGCAUGAGGACCCAGGCUCCUGACCAAGACCUGAUCUCCCCAGAGGAAUCUCGAACCCCUAUCAUAUCUCCAGCCAUGGCGGGGCCCAGGGCACCUACCAGCCCACCAGCUCUGAACAUGACUACUUUAUCCAUGGCCCACCCAUCACCCCUGGACACAGUUGUUACCCCCAUUACAACCUCAAGCUUACAGGCAACCACCAAGGAAGAAGAAGAACCAAGACUUGGGUCUACAUUGGGAGGUACCAGACAGCCUCCCCCAAAGAGGCCCACAAUUGUAGACUUAUCUACAGUAGUUCCAGCUGAAGUAUGGCAGCCCUCUGGCUCUACUGGCUCCCUCCCAACUCCAGAAGCUCCCUCUUCUUCCAUUCCCCCACCCAGGUUGCCAGUGCCUACUGUUGGGACAGCCACCAUGAAAACUGCUCAAGCAUCCGUGACCUUCACAGGGCACCCAAAUACUACGAUGUUCAUGUUGUCUCCCACAAUUCCCAGUUUCCAUCUAAUGACCAAAGCUGUGAGCAUUUCUACAUCAAGCCCCUCACUGAUAAGGACAACACUGCUGCAAGCAGGUUCAAGGCCUUCCCCCAGUCUGGUGGUCUCUGAGAGCCUCCCUUCCACAACUAUAACAACUGAGGUUCCGCCAGUGGGGCUCCCACCCUCUGCAGGGUUCCAGGAACCAUUGCUGAUAACCCUGACAACAGGGGAAGGGAACAGGACAGAGCUCCCUAGAGUCCCCUUGGCUGAGGGUACAACAAGUUCCAGCAGUUCUCCUCCAUCUAUAGGCAAGACCUCUGCAGGCCAGGUUGAUAUCAGCACCUUUGUGACCACAAAAACAGAAGUGGCACAAGCCACAGGGCAAGUGGAGACUAGCCACGCCACAGCUACAACCCUUUCCACUUCCCCAGUCAGGAGCCGGUUUUCCACCACCCACAUCAUCCAUCCGCCUUUGGGUGCAGCUCUCUCGGUGACUGAAGCCACCAGUCCCAUGACCCUGACUCCCUCUCCCCUGGCUACAUCAAGGACACCUGCUACACACUCACCAGCAUCUGUGCCUUCUCUGGUUUCUAAAUCAACUCUGUCAUCCCUGCUGUCAGAUACCAGCAUGCCUGUGGUCCAGGCAGGGACACCACUGAGCACCCAGGAAAUUAGCCAUCUUUCAUCAGUUUCAUCCCACCCUCCUUCAUGGACCUUGGUCUCCAGUCGCCCUGCCCCCAAAGGAUCUGGGGUUUUCACCCUGUCCCCAGGGAAGGACACACAGUUGUCCGUGUCUGUAGCUACUUCCCUGUCCCCUGUGACUUUCCACCCUACCCUUCCUCCAACCUCAGUGGGCUUGGCGCAAGUUCACACAACCAGGCAAGAUGUCCCUCUGACUAUGGUCACAGCCCCAGCUUUACUGGGGCUCACCACCUCUCCCCUGCAGUCAGAAGCCACAGCCUUGUCUUCAGCCCAUGAGGCAUUUGUGCAAGGGGCAUCAGGGCCACCGGGCAAGAGCACCACUGAAAAGGGAGCCAUCCUGUCCAAGCAAGUGCCCCUCCCUACCACUGUAGACAGCACCUCCUCUCGGGCUGUCACUGAGCUGUCCACAGCACCUCUUUACCCAGUGACUCCAAAGACGAAGGCAAAAGGUGCUGGGGCCACAGCCAUGCCACGUUUGUCCACAUCCUUUCCCUUUGGCCCUCUAGCUACCAACAUGACGCGGAUAUCUUCUUCAGCACAAACCACUGUGACCUCAUACUUCCCAUCUUCUAUGGCCCAGACUAGUGCCUCUGGGAUGACCCUAGGGCUCCAGCUUCCAGAAGAGUCUGCCGAGGAGGACACGACAGGACAGCCUGGGCGGUCAGCUCCAGUUGGAGGCGUCUCCGUGUUACCUACCUCAGUCUUGAUGUCAAUGAGAGAAUCUUCUACAUUCCCAGCAUGUGUGCCCGUCAUAGAAAGUGAGUGUGUCAGACAUAUCUGUGUAGAGGGAGAACUGAUCCGAGUUAACCAGACCCAGCAGUGCCCGUACAGUGCUUCACCCCCUCCUUGUGGGGUUCUGGGUCUUUCUGUGCGUGCCAACGGAGACCAAUGCUGCACCCGCUGGGAAUGUGCCUGUCGAUGUUCCAUAUUUCCUGACUUGAGCUUGGUGACCUUUGAUGGGAGCUACGUGGCCCUUUUUAAAGAAGCCUCCUACAUUGUCAGUCAGCGCCCAGAGGAGAUGGUCACUGUUCUUGUCCUUGACUGCAAAAGUGCAAACCUGGGUCACUUGAACUGGCCUCCUUUCUGCCCAGUGAUGCUGAAUGUGACCAAUCUAGCCCACCAAAUGACGAUUGAUCGACUCAAUAGGACGGUAACUCUCAACUCGAGACCCAUCUGGCCACCAAUAAGCCAACAUGGUUUUAAGAUUGAGGACACAGGGAACAUGUAUGUGAUCCGUACCCCCUCACAAAUCCAAAUCCAGUGGUUCCACAGCUCAGGGCUUAUGAUUGUGGAGUCCAGAAAAACUGAAGAAUCUGUUGGUGGGGGUCUAUGUGGUAUCUGUGAUGGUGAUGUGGCCAACGAUCUCACCCUACCUGAUGGCACUGUGGUGGAGGAAAAUGAAGACCCUACUCCCUUUCUGGAUAGUUGGCAGUUGCCCAGCACCCUGACAUCGGUGGGCCAAUUCCGCUUCCGUGAGGACACGUGUGCCACUGCGGAUUGCUCUCCUUGUAUUCGCAUGGUCUCCAACCGCACAUUUAGUAGCUGCCAUGCCUUUGUAACCCCAGAAUCAUUCUGUGAGCUAUGGAUCAGAGACACCAAAUAUGUCCAGCAGCCCUGUGUGGCACUGACUGUCUAUGUGGCUAUGUGUCACAAAUUCAAUGUGUGCAUUGAGUGGCGGCGCUCUGACUACUGCCCCUUUUUAUGUCCUGGAGAUUCUACAUAUCAAGCAUGUGUGGCAGUCUGUGACAUUCCCAAGACGUGCCAGGAUGGGUGGCGGGAACCCCCUGACCCAGAGUUCUGUUCAGUGCUUGGAGAAGGCUGUGUGUGCCCUGAGGGCACUGUCUUGCACAGACUCCAUUCUCCACUCUGCAUCCCUGAGGAGAAAUGUGCAUGUACAGACAGUGUGGGUGUGCCCCGAGCCGUGGGUGAGAUCUGGAACAGCUCACUCAGUGGCUGCUGCCAGGACCAGUGUGUGGCUUACAACACCAUCAUCCCUGUGGAUCUUGGCUGCCCUGAAACCCUGUCUGGUGGGUGCCAACGCUUUGGGGAAGUGGCCCUCAUGAUACCUACUGAAGACCCCUGCUGCCUGAGCACAAUCUGUGUGUGUAACCAGACACUGUGUGAGGGGAUGACUCCCACUUGCCCUCCCGGGGAUAGGCUGCUCAUGCACUACCAGGAGGAAUCCUGCUGCCCCAGCUAUACCUGUGAAUGUGACCCAGAGCAGUGUGAGGCUCAGCCCGAUCCUCAGUGUCGCCAGGACCAGAUGCUGAUUGCCGGCCGGCUUGGAGACACUUGCUGCAUCUCCUACUUCUGUGGCUGUGACACUUGUCCGGACCCCAUCCCCACGUGUCAGGAAGGAGAGGUGCUCACAGUGGACAGCGACACUGCAGAGCUCUGUUGCCCACUCUAUCUGUGUGAAUGCCAGCUCUUCCGCUGUCCCCAAUUACAGUGUGGCUUAGGUAUGUCCCUGGUGGAAGUGUGGAGCCCUGAUCGAUGUUGCCCAUAUCGGUCAUGCGAAUGUGACUGUGACACCAUCCCUGUACCUAAGUGCCACCUGUGGGAACUACAGCAGCUUGAUACAGAGUUCAUGCAGAGUGCUGAGAACGUGUGCGAUUGUGUCAAGUACAUUUGUGUGAAGGCUCCUGUUUGCCUGAGCCAGGAACGUGGGGUCCUGCAGCCUGGCCAGAAGGUGGUGGAGCUCUCAGCUGAUGGUGUCUGCAAUACCUCCCACUGCACUGAUGUCCUUGAUCCCCAUACCAACUUCUACCAGAUCAACACAACAUCUGUCCUCUGUGAUGUGCAGUGUGAGGCUAACCAGGAGUACCAGCCUCCCCAGGACUUGGCCACCUGCUGUGGUUCCUGCAAAAAUGUGUCCUGCCUCUUUAUGCUUCCCAAUGGCACUGAGGUCAUAUUUCUGCCUGGAGCAUCUUGGAUCUCUGACUGUGCUCGUCAUGAAUGCAGCAAUACAGCUCUCGGCGCAGUCCUGGUUGUGUCUCCCAUCACCUGCCCACCCCUCAAUGAGACUGAAUGUGGGAAGGUGGGGGGCUCUGUGGUACCUUCUGUGGAGGGAUGCUGCAAGACAUGUAAGGAGGAUGGGAGGUCCUGUAAGAAGGUGACUGUCCGAAUGACCAUCCGGAAGAGCGACUGCCGAAGCAACACGCCCGUGAACAUUGUGAGCUGUGAUGGGAAGUGCCCCUCUGCAAGCAUCUACAACUACAACAUCAACACGUAUGCUCGUUUCUGUAAGUGCUGCCGGGAGAUGGGCUUGCAACGGCGCUCGGUGCAGCUCUUUUGUACAGGAAAUACCUCCUGGGUGCCUUACACCAUCCAGGAGCCCACAGACUGUGCCUGCCAGUGGUUCUGAGACCUUUCUUCUGAGGAAGAGCUGGCGAGUGGCCCUUCUCCUCCCUCUUCUUCCAACUUCCUUGAUCCUUUGAGAGUCAGAGGGAGGUUUUCCUGACUCCUGCCCCUUCCUUGCACCCUUGUAGGGUGAGGGCUGGGGGGAAUUUUAACCCCAUGCCUCCCAGAUUCAUAGGAACCCCUGGCCAUGGAGAACUUGGCAGCAAAUGUGCUCUAGGGGUCAGGAAAGCCCAUCUCAGACUGGGAGCAGAGUUAUCGCAGAAAGGUCUUUCCUUCCCUGCCUCCUGCCAGAGAUAUCGUCUUGUACAGUUCGACUACAGAUUGGGGCAGAGGCAAGGGGAUGGAUCCCACUCUUGGAGCACCAGAAGACCCCCAGCUCACUCUUGUUAGAGCUAGACAUAAUAAAGAAGCUGGGAAAUUGGCCACCUCUGGCACUUUGCCCUUUUGACCAAACAUGGAUGACAGGAUUCCUUUGGGGCAUGAAGGCUUUAGUUUAUCCGUUAACAUCUUAGUUAUGAGAACAAAGUAGGGUUAGCCGUAUCAAAUGGUCCAGGGAGGUUGAAAAGUGGUAGGAGAGGAAGCUUCUGUCCUUGGAGGGGUCCUUCAAGGACAGGAUACCUGCUGGCUGAGUUGAUUAAAUGGUCCAGAACUCCUUUCAUCUUGAGGAAAUCCUGCCUGAUUCUCAGUGAUGGGCAUUUUGUCUAGGGAAGAUUUCAAGACUAGGCAUGUAUAAGUUAUUUACCAGGUAGAGCCCUCCCUGAUGCAUCAUAGCCUGGUAGAAGCUGGUGGCCUUCUUCAUGGUUUCAUGGGGGUAGUUUAAUGAGAGAAAGAAGUGAUUUAUCCUUCAGGGACUCCAAAUUAGACUAGAAUUAUCUAACUCAAAAGCAGCUCAUCACCCUCAGAGGCAAUUUUUCUCCUUCAUGAUGCCUCAGAAUGCUCCCAGGGGGUUUUACUAACAAGCCACCCUUGAUCUUGGCCUUCAAACAACCUUCCAGCCUCAUAAUUUCUGAUGUGAGACUCCAGAAAUGUUUUGAAGAGAAAUCCAGCACCGAGGGAUCUCCUAAUCUCCUCCAUUUGUAGAAUUUCUAGCUCUGCAAGGCCUUAGAGCAUGUUUUCCCCAAAGAGACUUCAAGAUAAAAUAUUGGAAGAUGAUGACACUUCUAGCUUACUUGUUACAUGAGCAUUUGGCCCAGAGUCCAUUGCUGAGUCUAGGGAUGCCUUUCCUAGAGUUAGCCUGGCAAGCUUGAUGCUAGGCUAGAGGGGCUUGGGCUUUCCUUCCUCCUCUUGUGCCUACCCUAUGCCUCCAGUCCCUUGUCCAACCUGGGGAGGGCUAAGCUGCUGGCAAAUCCAUAUGAAGAGGACCUUCAUAUUGAGGCCUUGCCUUACCCUUUCAAGUUUCCCUGGAGGUAUUUCCUAGAGCCCUGGAGAUGCCUACUAUUGAGGAAGGGGCUACUCCAGGUUAAAAGGAAGAGAGGCAUUUUUCGCUACUUGCAAAUGAUGAAAUCCAUGUCAUUCUUCCAUGUCCAAUAAAUGCCAAGAAGAAAGCUGAGAAGCAUAUCAGUGGGUGUCAAAUUGUCUUUGGGAAUGACUUGCUUUGGAGAAUGCAGGAGAACUCAGUCAUGGCACCAUUUUGGAGGAUGGGGCCAACUUAGUGUGGGGCAAUGGUAUAUGCUCUGAUUGAAGAGAAGGGAGAAAGGAAUCCUUGCUCCCACCAAUUUACUGAAAGGCACAGCAGGACAUGGUGAUGGAUGGAGUGCUGCACUUAGAAACAGGAAGACCUGAAAGAUUCAAUCUCUCCUCAGGGAAUUAUUAGUUGUGUGACCCUGGUCAAGUCAACCUCCCUGAGCCACAUUUUUCUCAUCUCUAAAAUGCAGAUGAUAAUAUCACCUGUCUUGUGGACUUGCUGUGAGUCUCCAAUGAAAUCACAAUAGUAAAGCACUUGGCUAGCCUUGAAGAACUCUAUGAAUGAGAGCUAUUCCUUUUACUGCCUAGAUAUACUUCCCUUGUGUAAGAAUUGAAUUAAUAUUUCUACCCAGAUACAUAUUUUAUGAAAGUUUAUUAGAAAGGGUAGACUUUCAUAGCUUUAAAUCUCAUCAUUCCUCUAAGUAA